AGGGGUUGUAAGCAGCACGGUCGGAAAGCGAUCCGCUACAAUUUCCUUCCAUGUUGCACGCUACUGAACAGACAAAAGGAACUUUACCAUACGCGUUAAAGAAUGGAGGUAUUUAAUUUCCACCAAUUGGUUACAGCUGCUUCUGUCAUAGUUUUAUUACUAUUCUUUGGCAAAGGACAGUGUGAUUCAAUUUGUCCCGAUGGCGUAACAAACAUCACAGCGUCCAGUGGUGAGCUUGUAUACCCUCAGUCAGGUACUUAUGGCAAGAAUGAGACCAAAUGUUGGCGGAUUGAAGUUCCAGACACUUAUGACUACAUCGUACAUCGUUUUCCCUGGUUUGACGUGGAAAGGUGCUCCGAUUGUAAGUGCGACUAUCUUCAAAUAGCAUCUUCCUACAGUCAUUUACUCCAGUCGAAGAAAUCAUGUGGACGACAUAGUUACAACUUUUUGUAUAGAUAUGCCUGGAAAGCUCCACAGUACACCGAGGUUUCUGGAUCGACGAUCUACCUUCGUUUCGUGUCGGAUGGUACUGUACAUUACACAGGAUUUAAAUUCACCUUCAUAGCCGAAUCCGUGAGAGGUGGGUAA